AAUAAUUAGAACUACUCCAUUUGUUUUCAUUGCACCACCCAAAAAAAAAAAAAAAUCAGGGAUCUUAAAAAUCGCAUUUGCAGACGUGAGGUCUGUCGGAUUGUAUUGCGUUGCUGAAUUUUAACGCUUGGGAACAUCUUUCAUUUAUAUUUUUAAAAACAACAAAGGGCCACAUCGCUAUGGAUUUCAUGGGAUGCUUUAUGCCGUUCACAGUCAUGCUUCUUUGUUUCUGGAAGGUGUCGUCUGGUCAGAUUGCAUAUUCCGUUGCAGAGGAAGUGAAAAAAGGGACGGUUGUCGGGAACAUCGCUAAAGAUUUAAACAUUGAUGUGCACGACAUGGAAGCUCGAUUGUUUCAGCUCGUGUCUGGAUCUAAUAAAAAGUAUUUCGACGUCAAUCUGAAGACGGGAGUGUUGUUUGUAAGUGAAAGAAUUGACCGUGAGGACUUUUGCGCUUUUGAUCAGAAAUGCGUCUUGAAUAUCGAGGCCCUUGCUCAAAACCCUCAUCAUUUGUAUAGAAUUGAGAUAACGAUCGUGGACAUAAAUGACAACGCACCUCACUUCCCACUGAACACGUUCAAGCUGAAUAUUACCGAAAACACAAGCCCUGGAGAGAGGUUUCUUCUUCCAGUAGCUGAGGAUGAUGAUAUAGGCAGCAACGCGCUGAAAGGUUAUAGAUUAAAUACGAAUGAGUUUUUCUCUGUAGAUGUACAGACUGAUGAGCAGAGUGUAUCGGCUGAGUUGGUGUUGCAAAAGGCUUUAGACAGAGAAAAGCAGUCAGCAUUACACCUGCUUCUAAUCGCACUAGAUGGAGGAAAACCUCCGAAGACAGGGACCUUAAAUAUCAUUGUUGACGUCAUAGAUGUCAACGACAACAGUCCAGUUUUUAUCAAGAAUAUUUAUAAAGUGAAAGUAAAAGAAAAUAUUGCACUUGGAACUAAAAUUUUGUCUGUCUCCGCAUCUGAUUUAGAUGAAGAUUCUAAUGGUGACAUCGUGUACUCGAUUUCAGGACAUGGGAAGUCCAAAAAAAAUGUGUUCACCAUAAUUCCUGAAACUGGUCAGAUUGUAGUAAAUGAACAUCUGGAUUAUGAAGAAAAUCGAGCCGUUGAGUUGAGAGUCCAAGCACGAGACAAAGGUAGUCCUCCUAAAAGUACACACUGUAAAGUUUUAGUAGAGAUUUUAGAUGAAAACGACAACGCUCCGGAAAUCAAAACGACCCCAUUACUAGAAAGCGUAAAAGAAAACACUAAACUUGGGACUGCUGUUGCUUUAGUUACAGUGACUGAUAAUGAUGGAGGCAAAAAUGGCGUUGUGCGCCUGUCAAUCAAGGGCUUCUUUCCGUUUUUAUUAGAGCUAUCGUAUAAAAACCAUUAUUCAUUGCUAGUAAACGGGGUUUUAGACAUAGAAAAUAUUUCUCAGUAUAACAUUCCUCUUGUGGCCGUAGAUGAAGGAACUCCACCUCUUUCCAGUAGCGCUAUAAUAACAGUCAAUAUUGCUGAUGUUAAUGAUAACGCUCCACGUUUCCCCACGCCACUUAUGCACGCUUAUAUAAGAGAAAACGGACAGGUUGGAGAUUUUGUGGUGAGAGUUUUUGCAGAGGAUUCAGAUCUUGGUAGAAACGCAGAACUUUCAUACUCACUCUUAGAGAAUUCCAGCAAUGGGGCUCGGGUAUCACCUAUGAUAAACGUCAAUUCUGUGAAUGGGGAAAUAUACACAACGCAGUCUUUUAACUACGAAGAAAUAAAACAACUUCAGUUUAUUGUGGAGGCCACUGACUCUGGUGUCCCUCCACUAAGUAGUAACGUGACUGUAAAUGUUUUUAUCCUGGAUGAGAAUGACAACAGUCCAGUUUUUCUCCCUCCUUACUCUGACCCUGGAUCAGUAAACAGUGAGAACAUUCCCUACUCUGCUGAAGUGGGAUAUUUUGUGGCUAAAGUCAGAGCUGUAGACUCCGACUCAGGAUAUAAUGCACUAUUAUCUUAUCACAUAACUGAACCAAAAGGAACGAAUCUCUUCAGAAUCGGAACCAGCACAGGAGAAAUAAGGACUAAAAGACGAAUGAGUGACAAUGACUUAAAAACUCACCCGCUUAUCAUCACUGUCUCAGAUCAUGGAGAACCUUCACUGUCCACAAGUAUGAGUAUUGAAGUUGUGGUUGUGGAAAAUAUGGACAGCCUGCAGCCUUCACUAAGACAAGUGCCAGUAAAGGAGGAGAAUUUUUCUAAUAUGAAUCUGUAUCUGCUCAUCGCUAUUGUCUCAGUGUCAGUGAUAUUUUUACUGAGCCUCAUCGCUUUAAUAGCAUCUAAAUGCUACAGGACAGACGGUGCUUUCAGCAGCUCCAGUGUUCCAGUGGUCACUACACACCCUGACGGGAGCUGGUCUUACUCUAAAUCCACUCAACAGUAUGAUGUGUGUUUUAGCUCAGACACAUUGAAGAGUGAUGUAGUGGUUUUCCCCUCACCGUUUCCACCUGCAGACGCAGAGCUGAUCAGCAUUAAUGGAGGAGACACUUUUAGUCGGAUUCAAACUCUUCCGAGCACUGGGAAGACGCAGAACUGAUCAGUAUUAAUGGAGGAGAUACAUUCACUCGGAUUCAAACUCUUCCCACUGGGCUG